GCUUGUUCAAACGAGCGCUCUGCGCUUCUGCUCAAGCUAUUAAGUCCCUUGGGGAAGUGUGGCCAGGUGCAAGGUUGGACGUGAUCCCGGUAAGCGAAAUUCCUCGCAGACCGAGAUCAAUUGCCACCAUCCCAACUGAGCCACAUGACCCGGUGGAAAUUCUGGCGUUCCUACAAAGCGGAAAUCCUCAUCUACCUACCCAUGACUGGAAGGUGGUGAAGGUUUCCGCCCCGAUGGGAAAUGUUAGAAAGGCGACUGUGGUCCUUAAUAAGGACCACACAAAGCGGAAAUCCUCAUCUACCUACCCAUGACUGGAAGGUGGUGAAGUUUUCCGCCCCGAUGGGAAAUGUUAGAAAGGCGACUGUGGUCCUUAAUAAGGAAACGUUGGCGCCAUUGCGUGAAUGCGGAGGUAAGGUUUACUAUGGCUUUGAUAGUAUCUCCCUUCGCAUUUACCGCAGUGACGCCAAACGCAGCGCCGCCGCCUCUGGUUCCAAACUGGAGGCUCCGCCCAAAGAGGAUAAUGGAAAGGCCGACGAUCCCGCUGGUUCUGAGAACCAAGAAGACUCCCAGUCUACCACAGGUAUGAUGGGUGAGCUUCUUGGCAAUCUGAAGUUAGCGGAGGAUGGAGACAGUUCGCAGGAUUCCGAUCCUGAGGACGUCGACGUCACUGUCGUGUACGAUCCUGAUCUUGGAGAUGGUGAAGGUAACCCAGAUUAACCUUCACCACUCCAAAGCAGCAUCAGCUGCUUUGCUCCUCCGGUUGACUGAGAGAGGAGAGGAGCUCAUCUUGGUACAAGAACCGUGGACCCACCACGGCAAAAUCCUUGGACUAUCUCUCAGAGGCUACAAACUUCUGUAUUCAAAUCCUGCAGUGAUGAGGAUACGGUAGCGGCGGCACUUGAGACCGGAAAUUCCACCAUCUGGCUCCUAAGCUGCUACAUGGCGCAUGACCAUGUUGAACAAACGACCUGGUCAGAGACUUAAUGCGCAAAGCAA